GCAGAGAUCUGAGCAGAACACCAGGACCUCAGCGGCCAAGGUUGGAAGCAAGAAAACAGAGAAGCUGGGGAGAUGCUUUUAACACAAUCAAGGACCCAGCAGCUUAAUGGCACCUGUAUUGACUCCCUGGACAUGGAGCUUUUCCUACAUUACUCCCUUAUCCCAUCACUUUUCAUCAUUUUAGUCUUGUCCUUUCUCCAAAGACGAGUGCACCGUAGACAGAGAGAGGAGACUUCUUACCUCCUGGGCAGCCACUUCGGGAUUAUCAUACCUCUGGACUUCGUGGGCACAUUCAGUAACCGGUGGUCCUAUGGAAUUGCCUUUGGGGCUACAGCCAAUAAGAUCAUGUUCUUAUUCUCAGAAGGCUACCAGCCCCUGCACGUCCCAAAGUGGGCCCAAGCCUUUGUGCUUCUGAUUGGAGGCUUCGAAGUUGGCCUAUCACACUUCCCCUUCUUUGCCUGCCUCUCAUCGGACCUCCAGCUAGUAAGCUCCAUACUUGGCUUCAGUUACUCUCUCAUUUGGUUUGCUGUUACCAUCCUCCAUAUCAUACAGUGUCCCCAUGGGCAGUUUGUGGGGCAGUAUGAAACUAUCGUGUUCUACUGGCCUUCAUUGCUCUGCUUGGCUUUCCUGCUGGGCCGUUUCCUGCAUAUGUUCAACAAGUCUCUGAGGGUGCAACUGGGCUGGGAUCUCCAAGGGGAAGAAAAGCCUUUCCUGGAAGUUCACCAGGCAGAGCAUGUCAAACAACUCCUGAGGAAACACCCUCUGCAAGAAGAAACCAAGUCUUGGUUCCAAACCAAGAUCUAUGAGUGGGACCCUUACUUUCAGUUUCCAAGUAGAAUGAUUGGAACCACUGUGUUGGCCUUCAUCUGCCUGUACCUUUUCAUUGUCAUUGAGUUCUGCAUAUUCAUACGGGUGAAAGAUGAAUUGGAUGUGUUUGAAAACAUGUUGGAGCGUUACAUCAUUGCCACAAACCCAGACAGGUAACCCAAACUCCAGUCAUCCCUGCAAGUAAAAGAACUGAUAAGUGUCUCCAAAGUUGCCUGGGUGGUAACCAUUUUGCCUGCCUCUCUCACAUGUGUGAGUUACCUCUUUCACAUUUUGGUCUGUUACAGAAAGCACAUCAAGAGGCUAUGGGCAGGUGACCGGCGCUUUCUCCCUGCCAAGUUCCACAAUCCUUCCUCCUCUGCGAGUGUGGUGGCCAUUGCACGGUACUCUGGCUGGCAAAUUGCCUAUAUUCUGUGGGGUUACCUCAUCCUGCACGUGAUGCAGAGCCUGGCCACUGUAAUGAUUGCCUACAGUCUGGUGUUGCCCAUUAUCCACAAUCAAGGCCUGGAGAUGCUCCGAGGACUGGGCCUGGGAAUCCUCACCAUAGCCAUCAUCCUGGGUCUCAUGAUCCUGCAGGUCUGCAUUGCCUCCAGCUUCUUCCUGCAACCAAAGAUGGAAAUGGUGGACAAGCAGAAGCCAUUGGCACUCAACAACAGGAAAGCAUUCCACAACUUCAACUACUUUCUCUUCUUCUACAAUGUGCUUCUGGGCCUGGGUGCCUGCCUUUCCCGGUUGCUCAUCAGCUGCAUCGUGGGCUCAUGGCUGGUUGCUCGGAUUGACAGAACAAUCCUGCAGAAUGGCUAUGAGGGUGUAGACAUGGGGUUCAAUGCAUGGAUUGGCAUGCUCUAUGUGGACCAUUACCAUACCAACCCUGUGCUUGUCAGCUUCUGUCACAUCUUGAUCAUAGGCCACAGGGAGAGGAAGAUGCAGCAGGCCCUCAGAUGCUGGUACCUGAAUCAGUCAGCAGGUUUCCGCGUCUCAGCCAGAUGCAAAACAAGGUGGUUCCUGUUGCAGACUCUAAUUAACAAUCCCAAACUGGUCAUGCUCAGAAAAUCAAAGCCAGGCAACGGACCACGGGACUUUACACAGAUUCUGCUAAUGUGCUCUGAAGGCUGACCCUGACUUUCAAUGUGGUCAUAAAACCAGUUCUGGACUGUCCUAAGAAAAGGCCUGGCCGAAGUCCCCCAUGAUGGAAUGGGAUGAGAUGUAGGACACCAUCCUCACUGCCUGAGUUACCGUGGUUUGAUACCUGUAUUGUACUGUGAACUUUCAGGCCUAAUUCGUGGUUUGGCAAAAAGAACAAGAAACAAAGAGAAUUUCUGUUGAAUAUAUUUUCCCAAUAAUGUUUUUCCCCCUCAUCUAUGGUUAGGAGGCAGUCUUGAGCAGAGCUUAGUUUGACUACAGAGCAGAAUGUGAUGUCACCUCGAGGGUUGUAAAGUUUUACUAUCUACAGAGCCUGACCUAUUGGCAAUUUUUUUUCUGAAGAAUAGUGUGAUCUUAAUCCAUCAGAGUCAUAGCUUUCUGCUUUUUCAGUCUGGCAGUGGCAGCAGAAAAGAAAUCCCAGGAUCCCAACCAUAAGUGGGCAAAGGAAUAGUGUUGAAUAAAUUAUUAAUUAUAAGAGUCCUAGUGUUGCAGAUGG